UACUUAACUAUCUUGUUUUGUUCUGAAUUAUCCAUCCUCAAAGUUCAGGAACCACGAGGUUUCAGACCUCCAUACCCAAAUGACAACACCAAAACCUUGUCUAUACACCCUUCUCUUCUUCAUCUUCCUCAUCCAUGCCAACUCUCAGUCCCUUCAAGACAAGGAAGUAGUAGUCCUGCUCAAGUUAAAGUCAUAUUGGCUAUCUCCACCGGCCCUCAGCCAUUGGACUUCAUCAUCAAACUCUAGUUCCCACUGUAGCUGGCCAGAGAUCACCUGCACCGAGAACUCCGUUACCGGAUUAGUUCUCUACAACGUAAACCUCACCCUUCAAGUUCCGCCCUUCAUUUGUGACCUCAACAACCUCACACACCUUGACCUUGGUGAUAACUACCUCCCGGGAGAUUUUCCCUUGUCUCUCUACAACUGCUCCAAGUUAGAGUACUUGGACCUCUCAAAGAACUACUUUGUGGGAACUAUUCCUGAUGACAUCGACAAAUUGCCUAAGCUGCAGACGCUCAUUCUCGCCGGCAACAACUUCUCCGGUGACAUUCCUGCGUCUAUUGGGAAGUUGCAGGAGCUGACAACUUUGCAUUUAUACAUGAACCAGUUCAACGGCUCUGUCCCUGCAGAAAUAGGUAACCUCUCCAACCUUGAGUUCCUCUGGCUCUCUUGGCUUCCCAAAAUGGCGCCAUGGAAGCUGCCUUUUGAAUUCACCAUGUUCAAAAAGAUGAAGACAUUGAAGAUUCGUGAAGCGAAUUUGAUAGGAGAGAUACCGGAGUCUGUUGGAGAAAUGGAAGCACUUGAAGAAUUGGAUAUGUCGAUAAACAACUUGAGCGGGAAAAUACCAAGUGGUGUGUUACUGUUGAAGCAUUUGAGCAUUAUCUAUCUCUUCAAGAACAGACUUUCAGGGGAGAUUCCUCAAGUGGUUGAAGCAUUCAACUUGACCAUAAUCGACAUCUCAGAGAACAAUUUCACAGGGCCAAUACCACAAGGUUUCGGAAACCUUACUAAGUUGACAGACAUGAGUUUGUUCUACAAUGAUGGUAUUUCAGGUGAGAUUCCAGAGGGAAUUGGCCUCCUGCCAAAUCUUGUGAUUUUCAAAAUGUUCAACAUGAACUUGUCAGGUACAAUUCCUCCAGAGUUUGGUAAGCAUUCGCCGCUUGAAGAUUUCCAGGUUUCGGUGAAUAGGCUUACCGGGAAGCUGCCAGACGGUUUGUGUAAAAAUGGUAAGCUUGUGGGAGUUGUUGCUUAUGACAAUAGUCUCACUGGGGGGCUACCAAGCUCUCUUGAAAAUUGUGAUAGUCUGCUGGUAGUCACAGUUUAUGAUAACAAGUUAUCCGGGGACAUUCCUAGUGGUAUGUGGAAUGCAUUGAACUUGACUUAUGUGCUGAUAAGCAACAAUUCACUUACGGGUGAGCUUCCUGAGAAGAUGUCAGAUAAUCUUCUAAGGGUGGAAAUAGCUGACAACAAGUUUUCCGGUCAGAUUCCAAGAGGGGUGUCUUCCUGCAAGAAGCUGCAAGUUUUUGAUGCUCGUAAGAACCUCUUGAAUGGCACUAUUCCUCAGGAAUUAACUACUCUUCCGAGCUUGUCGAGUCUUCUCCUUCAUCAGAAUCGGCUUAGCGGGCCACUUCCAUCAGAUAUUGUAUCAUGGGAGUCGCUAAACAUUCUUGAUCUGAGCAGAAAUCAACUCUCCGGACCAAUUCCAGAGAAACUUGGUGUUUUGCCAUCUCUUACUGAGUUGGACCUCUCAGAAAACCAAUUUUCUGGCGAGAUUCCAAAUCAAUUUGCCAUUCUGAAACUCAACAAUUUAAACCUGUCUUCAAAUCUCCUCACUGGCGAGAUACCAACUUCACUUGAAAACUCUGCGAAUGAGAGAAGCUUCUUGAACAAUACUGCUCUAUGUGCAAGCACCAGUGGUUUCAAUGUCAAUAUAUGUUCUAGAUCACCAACCUCCGGCAAGAUUUCAAAUUGGUCUCUAGCUUUGAUCUUAAGUCUAAGCGCGGUGUCGUUCCUGUUGGUUCUGUUCUUAUUAGUCUUCUUUGUUAGAGGAUACAGGAGAAAGAAGGAUGGAUCACACGCAGACUGGAAACUCACUUCAUUUCAGAGGUGCAAUUUCACCUUAUCAAAAAUCUUGGCAGGGUUGACAGAAGGCAAUGUGAUUGGAAGUGGUGGAUCAGGAAAGGUUUAUCGUGUACCUGUGAAUCGUAUAGGUGAUGUUGUAGCUGCAAAGAGGAUUUGGACCAACAAGAAUAUCAUGGAGGAUAGGCUUGAAAAACAGUUUCUUGCAGAAGUCAAGAUACUGAGCUCAAUUCGACAUGCCAAUAUAGUGAAGCUGAUGUGCUGCAUUUCCAGUGAGAGUUCGAAACUUCUUGUAUAUGAGUACUCAGACAAUCGCAGCCUAGACCGAUGGUUGCACAAGAAAAACGAAACAUCCCUAUCCAACCUCUCAAGUUCAGUUCAUCAUGUUGUCCUGGACUGGCCUAAGAGGUUGCAGAUUGCAGUGGGAGCUGCUGAUGGCCUCUGCUACAUGCAUCAUGACUGUGUUCCACCCGUUAUUCAUCGAGAUGUGAAAUCAAGUAACAUUCUGUUGGAUUCUGAUUUCAACGCGAAAAUUGCAGAUUUUGGUCUUGCCAAGAUGUUAGUCAAGCAAGGAGACCUUGCCACAAUGUCAGCUGUUGCUGGCUCCUUUGGCUACAUGGCUCCAGAAUACGCACAUUCCACAAGAGUGAAUGGGAAGAUUGACGUAUACAGUUUCGGGGUUGUCCUGCUCGAGUUGACAACUGGUAGAGAACCCAAUGAAGGUGAUGAGCACACUUCUCUUGCCGAAUGGGCGUGGCGACAUGGUCAAGAAGGCAAACCUAUCGCCGAUGCUCUGGACCAGGACGUCAAAGAACCUUGUUACAUGGAUGAAAUGAAUGCCGUCUUCAAACUCGGCAUAAUGUGCACUGAGAAAAAUCCUUCUAACAGGCCUUCUAUGAGGGAGGUUCUGCAUAUCUUGGUUAAUACCUGUCCUGCACCAGUUCGAAGGGAAAAGACCGAGUAUGCUGCUGCUCCUCUCCUCAAGAAUUCAAGCCGAGAGAGGGUUUUGGAAGAUCAAGAUGGUUUGGCAACGGAUGUGUGAUAAUUCCCAGAAGAUGACACCAAUAUGUUAGGAUCAGUCCACAUCCUAAUGGUUAUCCAGCCCAUUCUCUUACAACCUCUGUGCAGCUAGUACAUUGCAUCUCCAUGCCUCAGCUAGCAUCUAACUUCGCUUCGAUUGGGAGGGAGAAAGCAAUCUAGAAGAUAACUAAUCUUUAUGGACGUGAAUGCAUAAGAUGAGAUUCUGAGGUUUCAGAAAAUGUGAUACAGAGCAGAUAAGAUGAUGUACCAACAAAAAGAUGAGUUACAUUUUUUUUUUGAACAGUUAAAAGAUGAGUUACAUUAAUGAUUAAUGUAUUAAUCCAAGGAUUC